AUGUCGCACUAUAACACCGGCAUUGAGAACAUUCCGUCGCUGUUCGACUUGGCGAGCGCCCUGACGGGGUUCAUUGCGGAUUUUGCGCAGGUCGUUUUGGGCUCCACCCAGACCUCCUUCAAGGCGGCCGCGUUGGAAGACGACGACCUCGGCAAGUAUGAUCCGGCCGCACGCAGUUGGGAGGGGACGGGCGGGCUGCACUACCGCGUGCCGCUCUACCCCAUCCCGAGUGAGCGGCACACGCGCGACAAAACGAGAAACAUCCGCGUCCUCAUGGAUAACUGUCGUCAUCUCUGCGUCGAGGAUGAGCUGCCUAGCACCAAGGAGGAGAUGCAGUUUUGGACGGCCUACCGCUUCAUGAAGUACCAGAUGUACCUGGCUCCCACCUGUAUCAUAAUGCCACCUCUUUACAUUUUUUUGGCGCAUGUUUCACGAGCGCAUUCCUCGCCCAAUGCGCGGUCGGACGAUUCCAAUUGCGCUUUCGCUUGCCUUGGCGGAGCAGUGGGCCGAGGCAACGUACCCGGGGCAUCAGCUCUUGUCCACGGCGUUGAAAGCGAAGACCCCGAUGGGAGAUGCCGCCCGCGCGGAGUGGUUGCGCCUGCAACCGAUUGA